AUGAAACGGUGGAUCAUUUUUGCAGCUUUCUUGUUUUGCAUCGUUCGGGCGGUUAUUAUAGAUGACAAUGAAUCCUGUGAAUCCGAAGAGCACGAAGAGAAGCAAAAGAUGAAGUGUCCGAAACACUACAAAGGCUACUACCGUGUUCCAAGCGCUGCCAACAAUCAAACCAAGAUGUGGUGUAUUCGAGUGGUGAUGGUUAAUGUGUCGGUCUCGGAGCCCGCUGCUCAGCAAGCGUGUAAUGGAGAGGGAGCUGUGCUUACGACGUUUUCAAGUUAUGAUGAGCAGAAGCAUAUCGUUAGACACGCUUCCAAAUUCUUCCGUCGCAACAACAUCACCCAAGGAUCCAUCUGGCUUGAUGGUGUCCGAAUCGAGGAGUGUCGUACCCUGAAUGUCUCUAAGCAGAUAUCUGCUCCAUGUAACGAUAAAACAAGAGUAUUCGAUAUCACUGAUCCGAGGACCGAUCCAAAGUACGCAUGGACUCAAUGGUAUCGGACUGCACCGUCCUGGGCGUAUUGGCCAAUGAGGACCGAGGAGUAUAGUAAUUACCCUACCCCAGACUCCAUCACCGCUGACUGCAUAAAUAUGUGGAUCUACCCUGGAAACGAUGACCGUAACGGACAGCUUCAUGCUAUGCACUGCGACAUGGCCGUUCCACCGUAUGACUUUGAGAAGGCGCUCAACACAAACUAUGGAUAUGUAUGCGGACGUCCGCCGGUUUUGAGCUUUUAUUAA